CGAGCGGCCAUGGCGGCGCGUCCCUCAGUUCAGCUCCCGGCCGGCCGCCGGUCCGGGCCGGCGUGCCGAGUUGAACGAGCUGAACUGCUCCCGUGGGACCGUGCAGUUUGGGGCUGGUGAGACCUGAGUUUCUGAAGCAGAAGGCGCCUGGAAAGCUCUAGGGUGCAUGCUGAGCUUGCUGCUGUGCAGCAUCUCUUGGCAGAACAAAGACGACAAAAAGUUGAAGAAUAUCUAUCAAGAAAAAAGACUUUUUCUGAUGUGCCCAUUCAAGAAAACCAGGCAUUGAUCAGUAGCAGAACUAGGAGAGCAACUAGCAAUAAUCUGCAAACCAAAAUGCAGCUCUCGACAUCUCCAAAGCCAGAAAUGGAAAAUAAAGAAAAUAAACUGUCAUGGGAUCAAUCAAGCAGAACCUCAGAAAAAAAUAUUGUUUUAAACUCUGCCACAAUCACACUGACAAAUUCCAUAUCAGGGACAAACGACAAUCCUGAAGAUUGUGCUUCCAAGGAUUAUGGUACAGAAAUAAAAUCUCAGCAUGUGUCAAUUAGCAGGUCCUUCUUGAAAACAAAAAGCAUAAGAGAGAAGCAGUUGAUUGCAGAUAAGCAAAAUUCAGGUAUUGGCCUACCAAAGAAACCAGUGCUUGGUACAUAUCGUGGAAAAGUUAUCCAAUCCAAGAUAAACUCCUUCCGAAAAGCACCGAAAAGUGAGGGGGAAAAUAGUUCUUUGCCAGACAAGAAGCUUCUUCCUUCUGCCACCAAACCAGCAGCAAGUUCGUUAUCUGCGAGCAACUGCAAUGUAGUUCUGAAGACCAUCAAAGUCACAAACAAUGCUGAUUCUGUAAAUCCAGAUAAGGUUCUCCCAUUCCAGAGCAAACCAUCUGACAAAGCUGCUGUUAACCCACAGUCCCAUCUGAAGAAACGGCAGCUGACAUCUGCUGUAGCACCAAAGCAAGUAAUCCCAAAGAGGAUUGGUAGAAGGGGACCACAGCCACUGAAGGCUGCUUCUAACAAUUCUGACCGGGGAGUACCAAGAGUGAAGAAAUGCACAGAUUUUUAUGAAGAUGCAGGACCAGAAGCUUCAGCAAAACCAAUUUCUGUUGUUCCUGGUGUAAAGUCAGGACAGGAUUCUAAAACUAAUGGCAACAGAAAAUUUAUUCUGACAAAAGUGUCGGCAGAAGAGAGAAGAGCUCGCCUGGAUGAAUGGAGGGCAUCUAGAGGAAAAAUAAUGAAGAGACCUCCUAUAUCUGUGCUUCUGGGACCCCAGUCUAAAAGUGAAGAAAGAGAAUUGUCUUCUGGUGAUUCUUCAGAGCAUGUAUUCCAUAGCGAAAAGGUCAACAAGACUCUCACAGAAUGCCUGCAGUUAACAGAACAGGGAUGUCGAGGCAAUGAAGUACGUGCCAUGCUGGAAGACCUGACACAGAACAUUCCCGGGGCUAAAAAGCUUGCAAAAUAUUGGAUCUGUUGUAUUCGUCUUGAACAGAUGGGCCCUCUUGAAAAGAUUAUUGCUGUCUAUGAAGAGGCUGUUUUGGCAGGAGCAAUGCCUAAAGAUGAGCUACGACACACACUAAUAGAUAUUAUGAAAAAUACUGAAAGCCUUUUUAAGUCUGGGCAUGGGACAACUGUGAUAGAAGCUCAUUUAAGUGACGUAGUGGAAGUCAACAAGGAACCAAAUCCAUCUGUAGAGCAGGUUCAGGAGGCCCUCGAGGAUCUCAGGUCUGAUGAUGACCAAAAAGCAGAGUGUGAUGACAAGGAGGCAGAGAUUAGCAGUGAAUUGAUCGCAAAAGAAGAAAUGGAUUUAAACUUGAAACCAAGAGAAGAGAUCUUGCCAAAAAAGAACAAAAACCAGAAGACUAAGGAACGUAAAAAAAAGAAAAAAAAACGUAAAACACCAGAGCAGAAUGAGGAUGGGGUGAAAGAUAUAGCCCAAGAAGUUAAUUCUCCUGCGAAGGAGAAUGACACUUCUUAUUUAAUGAGACACGAUCUAUCUACCACACCAUGUUUGGAAAGUGUGAAGAUGUACCAUGAGGCAAAUGACUCCAGUACUAAAGACCUGAAAACUUUAACCCCUUUGCGAUAUUCUCAACGUAUUCGGGAGAAGACAUGCAAGUUGUUGGAUACUGUUAAAGAUCAAAAUCCAUGUGUCUCUACAUUUGAACAGCUGGAAGAGUUGGAAUCAAAAGACACUACGCUUAUCCACAAGGAGAGCAAUGAGCUCAGAGAAACAAAUGCUGAAGUAGAAGAGUAAAAAUUAUCCAUUAAUGCUACACGGGGGUUAAAGAUUGGACCAUUAAGUUCGGGGGGUGUUUGUUUUUAGCAGCUUUGAGAGAAGAACUAUUUAAAACUUGCAUAAAUGGUUUGACUGCCUGAGUCACUAAACUUUGAAUCUAUAAGUUCCUGCCUCUUCAAAAUUGUGGUAAAUCUGGUCUGGUUUUAGUACUUAGAAACAUCAGUUGUCUUCAUGUUAAAUAUGAUUCCUUAAAUAUUGAAUUAAGGACUAGGUUUAGCACUUCAUGUAACAAUUUCAUUGUAUAUUGCUAAUAUCUACUGCUUUCAUGUUAUGAUUCCUAUAAAUUCUUUAGAAGUGAACAAUCUAGUUUUAAGAAAUGAAAAUAACGUAGGCAUUCUAAUAGGACAAUGUUUACUACAGCAACAUUUAGUUUGUAAAACUGAAACCAGCUAGUAAAGUGUACACUAAGUUUAAACUGUUGUAUCCAUUAUUACAGAUUAUUUCAACAAAAUAAUCUGUUUAAUGCCUUUAGCUGCUGGGAUUAUUCAUGAUCAAGGUGAGGUCUGAUAUACUAAUUACUAUGUAGUCUAAUACACUAUGUGAGUAUUCUAAUAUUGGUUUGCAUUAGUCUGUAAUAUGGUAUACUUAUUAAACUAAUCACCUGA